GGGAGAGGGAGGUGAAGAAUGAGGAUACGGUUCGUGAUAAUCACCGUGUUCCGUUGACCGGGUCAAAAAUAUGGGAGGCUGCAAAGUGAACAGAAUAAAAAUAAACCUGGGAUUCGACGCCGACGCGGAAAUUUCUCGCGAGCAGCAGCUCCUGCAGUGUACGAACCCAUCUUCCUCACGGCUGUCAAAUUCAUCCCACGAAUUCAUGAUCCCAUCGUUUCAUUUGAACAUACUGCGAAGAUCAUAUAGAGUCCAACGUGAACAUUCCCCUCAGGUGAAAGGAGGUGAGAUGUGUGGCGGUGGCGAUCGUGGCCUGUGAGUGUGCGUGACUGUACACGAGAGUCGAAGACAUCUGAGUCCGAGGUCGAAAAUUGAGGUCGUCCAUCCCGAUGAAUAUAUGCGUUAACGAACGACCUUCUAGCAUCUCUCGUCCCGCUAUACUACCAACCUCGCUCGUAAAGGUCAUCUUCACCCGAAUGACAUGUUCGGGCCAAUGGUUCAUGGGUGGCAUAGCGAGGGUGAAGGAGAGCUUUAGCGCGCGGUAGGCAUUGGAGAGAGCGAACGAUGGGUGAUGUGACAGACGCGGAUAUCGACAUACAGGUGGAUGCGAUAGAUAUCGAGCUGGAGGACGACUUCGGACUCGACUGAGCUAAUAAUUUCAUGGAGAGCUCGAGAUUGAGGGAUCUCGUGGUGGCUACUCACGCUGCUGCCAUACCCUUCAUCGAGCCACUUCUCUAUGGCCUCCUCCCCCGUUACAUCACCCAGAGAGCGCCUGCGAAGGCUGCCUCUCAGUCCAGGUAGUUCCCUGUGUGUUGAUAUUCCAGGGGUUGGGCGAGGAUGAAGUUGAUGUGAAAGUGUUGAGGAAGAAAUAGUCGGACCGUGUAGAAGAUCGACAUCGUUCGCGAUGCGCGCAGUAACAAGAGUAGGUCCAGCUAGAAGGGGCGCAUUAUGUAUGCUAGGAAUACAAGGAAGGUUUAGUAUUGUGCGGAGCAAUUGAGGAAGAAAACAAUCGGGCAAGCCUUCAGACCGACAUCUUGAGGAAUCUUCGCCUCAUACCACCUCUAUCAUCACGGCCUUCCUUCGUAGCGUGAGGUUGUGUGGCGAUUGAUCAGUGUCGAUCGUCAACCAAUGUGUGUCGUAGGUGGAUGCGGAGGUACGAGUACGGAGUAGUCGGGUGAAGGCCGGGUCCUGCGAGUGUUCGAGCGAGGACGAGAGUAGUGGAGCUCGGAGCGGCGAGUAGAACCUCCGUCUUCACCUACGCCGGCAGCGCAUGCACGAUUGGGCGACUGCUCCAUCCGUCUACUCCAGUGAAACGUCCGGCAUCCAACCAGCUCCAGCCCUAAGUGUCAACAACAACGACCACGUAGCCUAGCCUUUCCGUCUGAAUACUGCGCCGCUUUGUCGUGGUGUGGAUAUUGAUUGAGAUGUGCACAAAAUGGGCGGUACGGCAUGAUUGGUGGCGACAAAGGCUCCGGAUGCAAUGGUUUUCUAGCUGUUGAUGUAAACAGAGGUUAUCUUCGG